GGAUUUCAGGAAAAAAAAAAUUCUAAAACUCAAGAAGCCAAGAAACAGAUCAAAGAGGAACCGAGAACCAUUUCUUUUCGGGCUCGUGGAGAGAUUUGCACUGAUAACUCAGUCAUUCGGAUUUGUGGAACCGUCUUGGUGGGAGCUUUGGUUUUUUCUUCGUUUUCUUCACAAAUUAGGAACUGAGUCUUCUCUGCGGGUUUUUCUCUCACAUUAAUAAGAGAAGAGGUGUUAUAAUUAUAGAGCACUUCUUCAGCUCUGCUUUAUAGAGUUGAUAAUUCAAAAUGAUGCCUGUAUACACACACGGGGACUCAUUUCCGCACAAAAGCAACCAAAAUGGAUGCAGGGCUUUCCCAUCUUAUACACAGGUGGAUCCAACAAAGCCUUCAAUGGUAUACGACCCUUGGCCCUGUAACGGCGGCUAUGGCUAUGCAACACCUUGCAACUCCUGCUACAACCAUGGUAACUUUCCUGGUUUCUAUGGUUUCAGACCUUGUUAUCCCCAGCCGCCAAUGCCACCUUCACCAGUUCACAGCUGUGGAGGUUAUCCUAUUCCAUAUCCUGAAGCCCAUCAUAUUUCUUACGUUCCUCCCUUACAGUAUUCCACGGAUCUUCCCAGAUACGAGUACGACAAGAACAGGCCUGGGACCUAUCACUGUUGUGGGUGUCAUAAUCAUCAUUGCCAACAGAAGGAAGAUAGGGGUUUGAAAAUUGAAGAAAAAGGGGAGCCUGAUGUUAUGGCAAAGAGAGGGAAUAAGAAGUCUUUGAUCCCAGUUGAGACGGGAAAUUAUUCUUACCCGGUUGUAUGGAUUCCGCAAGAGUAUUUGCAAGAUAAUACAAAGCCUCUUGAACCACCUAAGAUGGCAGAGCAGGAAACCGUUCCUUGCGAGACAAAGCCCAAUGAGAAAAAGAACUCUCAAGAACAGGAACAAAAUCUCUGGAAUGGAUGGCACCCACUUGAUGCAGACAGGCUGAGGUAUCUACUUUAUGGCGGAGACGGUAAGGGCACUCAGGAGCAACAGAAACCAGUUGUUGUGUUGCCUUACAAUGGUAGGGGAGAAGAGGUUGGAAACAAUGACAAGAAGGAUACACAUGCUAACGAGGAUCAGAAGAGUGACGACCGAAUAGAUAGAAUGAGACAGUUUCCUUUUCCUAUCGUUUGGAUGCCUUCUGAGGACAAAGGACGUGAAGGAAUUGGAGGGAAGGACAUUGAGGAAGUUAAUGGCUCGCCAAAGUUUGAUGGUAAUCAACCAAUUAAGUUCAAGCUUAUUCCAGUGAAGCAUCUUGGUGAUGACAACCACACAGACAACUCUAAGGUCAAUGGAGAGAAUCUUGCUCGCCGGAAUGAGACAGAGGUGAGGGAUCAUGCUGUAACUCAGAAUAACAUUCCUUUGAAGCAGGUUGAUCAACCACAUAAAGAUGUAGAGAAGUCAGAUGACAAUGAGAAGAAGAGCGUAACAAUCAAGCCUUCUGGAACAAAUCGUAAAAGAGAGUCCUCUCCGCCAAAAUCACCUAAACUACCUCCUGUUUGUCUUAGAGUUGAUCCUUUGCCAAGAAGGAAGAAAGAAAACGCAAAUUCCCCGUCUCUUAGCACGCCUGCUGGGAAAGAACUCUCCCAAAAGAACUCAAACGAGAUGAAGGUAUCUCAAGAUUCAAAGAGUCAUGAAAGUACUCCAACUGAGAGCAAGAAGGUGGAGCCAAAGAGAAUGGAGAAAAAAGAAAUUGUGGUGACUGAGAAGACAAGCAAUGGAGAACAUCAUAGUGAUGGGUCUCAAGUUCUUGUUCAUUCAUCAGCUCAGACCAAUCCUGAGGUUUCCGAGAAGCCUUAUUGUGAGAAAGCUGAUAAAGAUGGUGAUGGACAUCAAUUUAAGGAAGCUGCAAUAGCAAAGGAGGUGGAUACAGCAACUGAGAAAACGGAAGAGAAAAAUAAAUCUAAAGAAUCAGUCGAAUCUGGUUAUGCAAAUAAGCUCGAAAAGAAGAUAUUAUUAUCAGAUACAGAAGCUGCUGUGCGUAUUCAGUCUUCCUACCGUGGAUUCGUUAUAAGGAGAUCGGAGCCUUUGAAGAAACUGAAGCAAAUAGCUGAGGUGCGUGAGCAGUUGGUUGAUGUUCGAAAUCGUCUCCAAGCGUUGGAGUCAUCUUCUGAUGACCAAAUUGACGAAAAGCAGAAAAUUGUAAUUGGAGAAAUCAUUAUGAGACUGCUGCUAAAAUUGGAUACUAUUCAGGGUCUUCUCCCAAGUCUUAGAGAUAUCAGAAAAUCUUUGGCGAAGGAGCUUACUACUCUCCAGGAAAAACUUGACUAUCUCAUGAUAGUAAAAUCUGAAGAAUCGAAAGCAGAGGUUUGCCCUGUUGAGCUUGUGGAACAAGAAAUUUGCAAGACGGAAAACAAUGAAUGCAUGUCAAAGCAGGAGGCAAUGAAAGUGGAUGAUGUCCUCGGAAACAUUCAUGGUGCGGUAGAAUCUCACCAAGAUCAUCGUCUCCAAGUGGUGGAACCUGAAGGUGAAUGCCAAGAAUCAUCAGUGGCAAGUGAGCCGGAGCCGAAGGAGCCUGAUUCAGAAGUCAUUAUGGAACAGAAUGACGAGGCUAGAGACGAAUUGUCUGUGGUUUGUGAAGAGGAGCCGAUGAAGACACAAGAAGUAGAUAAUGCUCCUGAGCUUGUGCAAGCUGAUGAAGAAGAACCAAUGAAGACACAAGAAGUAGAUAAUACUCCUGAACUUGUGCAAGCUGAUGAAAUCCCCCUUAAAGAUGAUGAGAAUGAUUCUAAUUCAGGGGUAAGUUCUCCCAAAGCUGUUGAUGCAUCAAAUUUAGAUGUUAAAGAAGAAAACCUUUUGAAUGAGUUACCAUUGGAAGUAAUUGAAGGCGAACCUACUGAGUUUGAAAACCAUGAACAAGUUAAAUUAAAAGAUGCUACAGCUAAUGGGGAUGAUAAAGCUGAGGAGUUGAUGGCCGCACAUAAGGAUUUGGAGACGAAUGAAUUAGCAGAAUUGCCUACGGGGGAAAUUGUUGGUGAUGAUCUUUUAUCUCCUGCUGAAAUGGAUAAUCCUAAUGAAUGCCAAUUUACAUAUGAAACGAGUUCAUUUGAAGAUAAGACUCCAAAUGCGGUUGAGAUAACAGAGGAAGUAGUUGAAGGGAAGCCUAUUGCUGAUAUAGAUGAAAGGGUAAAAGUUGAAUUUGUGGAGAACAGGGAACCAGUGAUGAAUGAGACUCCACUUUUAUCCAAACCAGAAGAAUUGCAAACGUUUAUCUCAAGUGGGGAGGAGGGAAGUCAAAAUGUUUUGCAUGAGGAUGAAAGUGUAUCAUCAAUAUCAGUAAGCAUAAAGGAAAUGUCGACUGAGAAAAAUGAAAAAGUUAAUGAGAGCUUGCAGGCAGUCGUCACAGAAGACGGUAUUAAAGAGAACCAAGAGGAAGAGAUGAAAGUUCAAUCAGGGGAUCACAUAGGAUAUGCCACUGUUGAGAAAAUGAACGACAAGGCGUCUCAGUCAGAAAUCACCGAUGGAGAGAUUGCAGCUGGGUUUCUUGCAACACCAACUCCCAGUGAAAAAAUGGGGAGCAUAAACGAGAAACAACUAAUUGAAGAGAAUGAGAAACUAAGGGAGAUGAUGGAGAAGCUGAUCCAAGCAGGAAAAAACCAGCUGAAAGUCAUAUCCAACCUGAAUGGUAAAGUGAAAAACUUGGAGAAAAAAUUGUCGCUGAGGAGGAAACUGAGUAAACAGAACAGGGCUUGCACUCGUAGAUCUUCAAGUGUGAAAUACUCAAAUGUGGGUGUGUAGGAGAAAGUUAUUUGGGGUGACCGUUUAUUCAGUUUGAAUUUCAAUUAGUGUGAUGCAACCCUCGUUUUGGUGGGCUUUUGAAGUAUCACUUUAUGCCUUAUAUGUGUGUGUGACUUUCUUAUUGUGUAAUAUAAAAGCAUUAUAAAGGUUUUUGUUUUUUAAACUGUUACUUUUGAAAUCCAAGAGUGAAUGUUACUUGUAGCCCAUCCAUA